GGGUUUGGAUUUGCAUCUACACUUAUUUUAUUUAUUCUAUGAAUGAGAGGAAAGAAUCAUCGACUAGAGAAAGACAACAGGAUAUUUGGUAAGAUUCUCUUUAUGGGAUGAUCAUAUCAGUAAUUUAUUCGAAGCUGAGAAGGGAUUUUGGACCAAUACAAUUACAAAGUUAGGAAAUUGGCGAGAGUCAUUUGCGCCACGGAGACUAAUCAUCGUUGAGAUAGAGAAAGAGAGGGAGAGAUUCCGAAAACUCUUCGGCAACCCUCCGGUGACUCCGCCGUCGUCAUCCUCGGCCAAACCGGAGAGCCCCUGCCGUGCUCUGCCGUUCAAUCGUAAGGGUCUUCCCCCUUUUCUCGCUUCAACAACUGUUUUCUACUCCGCUGUUGGCUUCGGUCAUUUCUUGGCCUGGUUGUGAUUUGAUUGAACUGUGAUGAAGAGUAGUGCCCGCCGAUUGCUCUGUCGCCGAUAAAGUUUAAAGCUUUUUCGGCUUAUCACCGAGGAUUGUGUGAACUACAUUCUGUUAAUGAAUUCUUGGCCUCUGUGCUGUGAUCUUUUCUUGUUGGACCUCAACCUGUGAUCUUUGGCAGUAGAUUAUAAGGACCGAGGAGAAAUUGAAACAUUCUUUAUGUUGCUUCCUUUAUGCUGAAUGUGACUUUGGGAAACUGCCAUAACCCUAACCCAUACAGUCACUCUUAACGAGUUUCUGUGUAUUGUCUUGUGAAAACCUGCUUAUUGAUGUUCAUUGUAUCAGAUGGAAAUUACAUGGUUAUGAUGAAUAUAGAGUUCUUGUAGUAUUGAUGUUCCUGCUGCUGUGAAAUUUUGUCAGAUGGAAGGCCAGAGUCCAAGACAUAGACAGAUCAUCGAAAUAGAUGCCCACCUUGCUUCAGAUAGCAAUAACAAUGUUGGGGGAUACAAGAUAUGUGCAGAGGCACCCUGUGGCUUCUCUGAUGCACUAAGCAGUAAUUCCGAAGAGGCCAAAGAACGAACAGCUUCGAUGCGGAAGCUCCUGAUGGCAGUGGCAUUCUGUGUGCUUUUCAUGGCUGUUGAAGUUGUUGGAGGGAUCAAAGCUAAUAGUUUAGCAAUAUUGACGGAUGCUGCACAUCUGCUUUCUGAUGUCGCGGCAUUUGCCAUCUCGUUGUUCUCGCUGUGGGCUGCUAGUUGGGAAGCCACUCCACGUCAGUCAUAUGGUUUUUUCAGAAUCGAGAUUCUUGGCGCGCUGGUGUCGAUGCAGAUCAUAUGGUUGCUCACUGGGAUAAUUGUGUAUGAAGCAAUUGUUAGGCUCGUUUAUAACACAGGUGAGGUGGAUGGCUUCCUGAUGUUUUUGGUUGCAGCAUUUGGUCUGGUGGUGAAUAUUAUCAUGGCGUUUUUGCUGGGUCAUGAUCACGGGCACAGCCAUGGUCAUGAUCAGAGCCACAGUCACGGCCAUGGUCAUCAUGACCAUGUUCAUGAACAUGAUCACAGUCAUGAAGAUCAUCAUGAUCAUUUAGAAGAAGGGCACCAACAUGUUGAUGAAGAGAGUGCAAAGCCACUGCUGGACAAGAAGGAAAAGGGAGAGAAGAAACAGAAGAAAAAGAACAUAAAUGUCGAGGGAGCUUAUCUUCACGUCCUUGGGGAUUCCAUCCAGAGCAUAGGAGUAAUGAUUGGAGGAGCAGUCAUAUGGUACAAGCCUGAAUGGAAGAUAGUUGAUCUAAUAUGCACCCUAGCCUUCUCAGUUAUAGUUAUGGGCACGACGAUCAAGAUGUUGAGAAGUGUUCUGGACGUCUUGAUGGAGAGCACACCGAGAGAGGUUGAUGCAACAAAGGUUGAGAAGGGGAUUCUGGAGAUGGAAGAAGUGGUGGCCAUCCAUGAACUGCAUAUAUGGGCCAUCACGGUUGGGAAGAUCCUCUUGGCUUGUCAUGUCAAAAUCAGGCCUGAAGCGAACGCUGACGUGGUGCUGGACAAUGUUAUAAACUACAUCAAGAGGGAAUACAAUAUUAGCCAUGUCACAAUCCAGAUAGAGCGUUAAUGGUGGAAGGGAAUCAAUUCAGCUCACCUGUUGUCUUGUUUGGAAGAUUUGAGCUUUGAAGACCCAUGUUUUGAGUAAAAUGCAGGCCUUGCAAUGCUUCAGAAAUGAAGGAAGCUCAAUGGGAUCUCGAGUUUGCAGCCAAAAGGUCAAUCUUUACAGUUUACAAACACAGGGCUUUGAGGCAAAACCGCGAAAGGGGAAGAUGUAUCAAAAUUAAACUACCUUUGUACCUUGCUGGUGGUUUGAUUUGUGAAUGGCAAAGGAACAAUCCUGGUCAAAAAGCGAUUAAAUCUCAAAUCAUGAGUGGCUUUUGUAUGAAUGACUAUGUCAAAUUUUCCUUGUUCGCUCUAGUCAUGUUUCUUCAGCUUACAUUAGAUUGGUGAGUCGUUUAUUUUAUAUCGAGAGCUGCAUGGAAUUCAUGUGUCGAGCAUCCUUACUUGGCCAUAGCUUCUGAGUCUAUCGUAGUCCUUUAAUACUAAUCUAGUAUCAUCACAAUAUAGAGGUCGAUUGAGUUGCUUGAUCAACAUGAUUCAGAGUUAUGGUUAGUCAGAAGCAACAGGGAAAACGACCUGUAACAGCUUAGCCUUGCA